UUAUAAGUUGGUUCGAGGAUAGCGUACAUUCAGUGCGGUCGUCAUGCGCGAUAGCGCGAAACGUGUUGUUCAUUUUGUUUUUUUAAAUUAUCGAAGACGAACGAAAUCGCUAUUCGGAAUCAAUAAAAAAAAUAUAAAUUAGAAACAAGUGUGUGCAGUUGCGAAUAAUUAUUCGAAUAGUUUGAAUCAUUUGAAUUUCGAAAUAUCGAAUGUUAAGGAUUAAACAAGGAUACUAUUUUAAUAUUUUUUUACGGUCAAGGAUGAAGCCCAGAAUAAACUCCAGUUCCAAGCACACUAAUACUACCAAUAGAAGAAAUUAGUACUAAAACAAUAUGAUGAUGAAAAAUUAAAAUUAAACCUUUUAGUCAAGAUGGAAGACGCGAGGAAAUCAGAUAAGUCAGAACAACAUCUGGAGAUGGGCGAUGUGAACAAGCCAAAUGGAAUAUUAAAACCAUCACAAGAAAGUAACGGAAAUGGGGCGUUAGUUUUCGAAGACCUGGAACACCAGCCUUCCAGCUGGUUGGACAAAACCUUGUCCAAGUCCCAGGCCUCCACUGGCCACUUCAUCACCAAGUACCGAGUGAUGCUGAAGGUGGCUUUCCUCGUGCUGCUAAACCUUGGAGCCUGGGCGUUCUUCAUCGCCUGUUACGUCCAUUAUUCUAACGAGUUGCAAUCACCAGGCUUGGAGCUAUGCGACGGCUUCGGCAGUCUCAUAGCGUUGUUCUCCAUCAUAUACUUCUUCCUCAUUUACUUCCUCAUCAUCAAAAGGUUCUUCGGAAAGUGGUUCGAAAGAAGAAUUUGGAGUAAAGUCGAGGCGUUCCUUAGUUUUCUGUGGCAAUUUGGUUGGUUCAGAUGGGUCUUCAGCAUUGGUCUGUUGGCUGGUAUCGGAGUUUUCCUCUACUUCGACACCCAAGGCUCGCCGGAACGUCUGAUUUCUUUAUUAGGACUUGGAAUACUGUUGUUGUUGGGGUUCGUGUUCUCGUCGAGCCCGGGGCGCAUAAAAUGGCGGACGGUGAUCACGGGCCUGCUCAUACAGUUCGUGUUCGGGCUGCUCUUCAUCAGGUGGGACAGCGGCCGGCUGGCGCUGCAAUGCUUUUCUGAUAAGGUAGCCACGUUCUUGUCUUACGGGAUAGACGGAGCCAACUUCACCUUUGGACAUCUCCUGGUCAGAGAGGAACAAGUGUUCGCAUUCAGCACCCUCCCGGUAAUAUUCUUCUUCAGCAUGCUGGUGGAGGUGCUGUUCUUCUGGGGGGCCCUGCAGUGGUUCUGCUUGAAGCUGGGCCAGCUGUUGCGCACAGCUACCGGCACCACGGUGUGCGAGAGCGUCAUCGCUGUGGGGAAUGUUUUUCUUGGCAAUACGGAAUCCUUGUUGCUUAUUAAACCGUACCUGCCCAUUCUGACGCCGUCAGAGUUGCAUGUGCUCAUGGGAUCAGGAUUCGCUACCGUGUCAGGCACGAUCCUAGCCGCUUACAUCGGCUUCGGAGCGUCUCCUGCGCAUCUUGUGACCGCCAGCGUGAUGUCAGCCCCAGCAGCUAUAUGCUACUGCAAGCUGCUGAUGCCGGAGACCAAGAGGUCGCUCACUGCUGUGGACAACAUCCAGCCUGUCACCAGUUCAGACCAAUCCGUCCUGGCUGCAGCCACCCGCGGCGCCACAAACGGCAUAGCUCUAGUCCUGAACAUCAUCGCCAACCUAGUGGCCUUCAUCUCCUUCAUAGCGUUCAUCAACGGUGUUCUGGGCUACUGUGGAAGUCUGCUGGGUUACGAGGGGUUCAAUCUGGAGUGGAUGUUUGGCAAGUUCUUCAUACCACUGUGCUGGGUUAUGGGAGUGCCGUGGGAGGAGUGUGAGAACGUCGGCGCUCUGAUUGGCUUGAAGACGGUGGUCAAUGAGUUCGUAGCCUACCAGCGGAUGGGGGAGAUGAAAGACCAAGGUUUACUAUCGCCUCGUUCGGAGCUAAUAGCAACAUACUCGCUGUGCGGGUUCACUAACCCCGCGUCGGCCGCCAUUAUGAUCGGCGCCAUUUCCGCCAUGGCGCCCGACCAGAGGGAGCCACUGUCCUCGCUGGCAGUACGCGCAUUCUUCGCUGGAUGCGGUAUUUGCUUCAUGACGGCAUGUAUAGCCGGUUUAUUGAUGCCCGAAGGAUCUUUUGGAUAAGAUGAAAACAUAUUUAAUAUACAUAUAUUUUUACACAUCUCAACUAAAUUAAGAUUUUAGCGUACCGGUGUUUUCAUUAGUUCAUAAAUAUAUUUAAGUUAUCUAUAACAUCCGAAUUUUGUAUAUAUAAUUGUAGGUAUUUCUACCUCCGUAGCGCAGUAUACUAAUAUAUCCAAUCCUAAGGUUAAAAAUAUGGUUUUACUUAAUUAGGUUAAUUAAUUAGGUAUUCUUGUAUCAUACAUUUAUUAUUUAAGUAUUUUAUAAUAGAGAUUGUGUAAAUAAAUGAUUGUUAAAAAGGCGACAGUAUCAUUUUUGGUAAAUUUAAAUAAAAUUUUUGUCUGUUUGUUUA